AUGUCUCUGUCCCGUGGCUCGGUCUCCUCCCGUCAGACUUCUCCCUCUGCUCUUGCGUCUGUGACUGUGGGUUUCUUCAAGCGCACGGUGCAGAACAACAAGCGCUACACAUGCAUCGAGAACCAGAGCUGCCAGAUCGACAAGACCCAACGCAAACGCUGCCCCUACUGCCGCUUCCAGAAGUGCCUCACCGUCGGCAUGAAGCUGGAAGGUAGCUCCGGGGCACGACAGGCCCUGCAGCGGCUCUCCAUCAGAGGCCACCGGGCGACUCCUGCCACCUCCAGCAGAGCUCCAGUGCAGAAAACAUGA